AUGUCAAUUCGCCGUCGUCAUACAUUCUUUAUUCAGUUUGAUGAUCCAGAUGCCAUUGAAAAGUUUGACUUUUCACAGGAAAACGCGUCGGUCUCAUCCUCCCAUUUUACUUCGCCACGUGAAGACAAAAUUACCAUCCCCUACGACCUGAUAGCCAGCUACCCAAAAUUCUCUGCAUUACUCAAUUCAGUUUAUAAACUUCAAGUAAAGUGGUCCCGUGAUGUUCCGUUUAACCACAACUACCCCGCUUCCAUUGUGCGCGAAUCAGGUCUUCAUGUCGAAAUUGUGGCCAAAGAUGGUGUCUCUAUUGAUACCGAAGGUCUUUCCUCCUUUCUCAAAACGUUUUUCAAUGUUGAAUUUACUGGGAAAAAGCAAUUCGUCAAUGGCUUCCAAUGGAAAUCCCUUUAUGCCCCAUUAGACACCCUAAAACCUCUUGCUGAGGCUCUUCAGAAUAAUCUAUGCGAUAAAUCCAAUUCAGUAUGUACUUCUCAACUGGCAGAAUUAACCUACGCAGAUUCAUUUUCCUUGACCUAUGGGUCACUUCCCAGCAAUGCCCGUCCUAUUAACAAGGAAUCUGAUCUUGUUUUUGAAGUCUUUUGGAGUGACCGUACUUCCAUGGCUUCUGACUUAGGUUUGACCGAGUCUACGAUAUCUAAAAUAUACCCCAAUGAAAAGGUAGAGGUGGGGCUGCUGGCAGUCCAUCCAGAGUAUACCACAAAGAACUCCAUCUGGGGCCUCGCAGGGUUUUCCAGAGACCUGGAUUUAAACAAAACUGAAAAACUACUUUUCCAGUAUACCACCAAACAUAGAAAUAGUGAAUCCAAUUACUAUGUGGACUUUGUCCGGCCUACAGGUUUACACCCUAAGCAUGAAAUACACAUGUCUAACGUCAGAGUCCCACAAAGCGGAUGCGCCCUCUUUGCAAAAUACACCUUCGACAAGUCUCUCUUUUUGGACAAGUACCAGCUCAAAGACCUUGCUGAAGCCACACCUAACCGUCCACCAAUAGGCCGUCUUUUUGGUGUGUGGGGUGAAACAGAUCUCGAAGCCCCGGUGUGGGCUGUAGGAGGAUGGGGCAGUGAAGCUCUUGUACAGCUUUAUACAACCACUGUUUCCGACAAAUUAGACUUGGACUUCGAAUUGCCUACCCACUCUCGAUACGAAAUUCCUCAACAGAAUGCAUCUCUGGUCCAUGAGCAUCAACCAUGGCCCGUGGUGUUUUGGGCCUGUCAAGCCGUUUCGGAUAAGGACAGCCAAUUGGAAGCCAAAAUUCCGGCUUCGAUUGAAACUAAAGGCAUUGGCUAUGAGAGCAUUUUCCCCAAUGACACUGUUUUUUACUAUUUCAAUCCCAUUAUCCCGAGCCACUUUACCAGCACUCGUCUGCGAUCAGAGUUUGAUAUCCCUGUGGCUCCGUUUUCAGCUUACUCCACAGUGCAAGUUGUUUCUGUGGUGGUCAUCUUCACAUGUUUCUUCUAUCUUAUUUACGAAAUAUUCCGUAGCUUUUUUGGCUACAAUAAACCGCCAACUGUUGAUGCGGAUAAAAAGGAUUCUUAG